ACUAAGCCUGGCCUGCCUGGUCAUCCCCAGUCAGAUUUAGCUGCUGACAGCUGUUUGGGACUCUGCCGCCAGGCCCUGGCCUGCCCGUCACCUCUCUGCUGUCUCAGUGACUCCGGAGCCACAGUCCCUCCAUGGCCCAGAAAGAAGAGGCUGCUGCAGCCGCUGCACCCGCCUCCCAGAAUGGGGAGGAUUUGGAGAACCUGGAGGAUCCUGAGAAGCUGAAGGAACUGAUUGAGCUGCCGCCCUUUGAGAUCGUCACUGGGGAGCGACUGCCUGUCAACUACUUUAAGUUUCAGUUCCGGAAUGUGGAAUACAGUUCCGGGCGGAACAAGACCUUCCUCUGCUACUUGGUGGAAGUGCAGAGCAAGGGAGGGCAAGUGCAGGCCUCCCGCGGGUACCUGGAGGACGAGCAUGCCACCGCCCACGCCGAGGAAGCCUUCUUCAACACCAUCCUGCCCACCUUCGACGCGGCCCUGCAGUACAAUGUCACCUGGUACGUGUCCUCCAGCCCGUGUGCAGCCUGCGCUGACCGCAUUAUCAAAACCCUGAGCAAGACCAAGAACCUGCGCCUGCUCAUUCUGGUGGGGCGGCUCUUCAUGUGGGAGGAGCCGGAGAUCCAGACCGCGCUGAAGAAGUUGAAGGAGGCUGGCUGCAGACUGCGCAUCAUGAAGCCCCAGGACUUCGAGUACAUCUGGCAGAAUUUUGUGGAGCAAGAAGAGGGUGAAUCCAAGACCUUUCAGCCCUGGGAGGACAUUCAGGAGAAUUUCCUGUACUAUGAGGAGAAGCUGGCAGACAUCCUGAAGUAGGUGCAGCUUCAUGGUCUGCCUGAUGCCACCAAGAGACACCAGUGACAUGUAUGGCCAACUGGGACAUGUCUGACUUCCUAAUACCACUUGGAGCCGAACAACACUCAACACCAAGCAAUCCUACUGCACAGGACCCUCAGAGGACUCAAAAUAUACUUUUCAUGCCAUAAAUCACUUAAGCUGUGUUUUUCUCUUUAAGGCUGCUCUUGGGAAAGAGGAAAGUGAGCUGAGGGGAAGGGCAACCAUAUAGGGGCACUAGACAUACUUGGGGAUAAAGGUCCUAAUUGUCCUAAUUAUUCCCCCCAAAUGGGCUGCUUAAGACAGAGAGCCUCUGAGCCAAGGCGUGCACACAUCUUUGAAAUACAUUUAGAAAUGAGUUUUAUGUGAAGGUGGUUUAUUUUUUAAGAAAUAAAA